AUGCAAAAUCAGGCAUACUCUAGAACAUUGAAUGAAGCUAGUUGCUUAAACCUUAUAGCUGAUAUUGAGAAACAAAAGCAUGUGGAAUUAGCAACCGAUAUAGCCAAAAAACAAAAGACUAAUGAAAAUACUGAAGGAAUUAAUUCUACUGAAGAGAUUGAUUCUAGUGAAGAAUCAGAUGAUAUUGAAGUUAAAAUUGAGGGAAUCAUUUGUAAAGAAAUAUCAAUCAACAAGAAUUUCAAGGUUAUUAUUGAAAAUUUUGAAAACUACAAGAAGGACAAUAAGGAUCCUUUGGCAAUUGCUAAUAUAAUGGAUCUGACACCAAAAGGUUCAUUUAUAAGAACGUUGCCUAAAUAUGUGUACAAAGAAUACCUUUUAUCAUUAGAAUAUUUGGAUAAUAUUAUUCCCGAUGAAACACAUGAUUUUCUAGUAGAAUUUUUUGGGCAGGCUUUUUCUCUUGGACAUUCCAACCCACUUCAAAAUAUACAGACUCUAGAGCAGUGUCAUUUAAAUGAUUUUGUACAUCCAUGCCUGAAAGCUGCUUUGAUGUACUGUGCUGACAUUUAUUACACAUUACAAAAAGGCGAUGGAAUUGGUUUCACAAAUGAUGUCAACAAGUAUCAACUAGUAUAUAUUGAAGGGAGUCGUCCACAUAAUGUCAGAGAAAAGAAAGAAAUAGAUGACCGUGUGAAGGUUGCAAAAAAUUUGAAAAAGAUGUUUUUCAAUAUCAUAAAAGAUAGAAUAGGAAAACGAAAGGUGAUAACACCAGAAUUUGAAGUCUUUGGGGGAACUAGUUAUAAACUUGAGAUACAUCUAUAUGUGCUUCGAUUUGCUGGAUGUUAUCACCUUGUUGAAAUUGAUAAUGCAACUGUUCCACAGGAUUUUUCUGAAAUCGAAGAUUUUGUCUACUUUUAUGAGACAAUAAUUAAAUGGGCACUGUUGAUAAAUUCGUGUUUAAUAAAACUUUCAGACAAAACAUUAAAAAAACGAUCUUCACAGUUUUCAUAUGGAAUGAAUCAACUUGCCUUAGAUGAUUUUUCUCGAAAAUGA